GAAAUCCGCUACUUCUUCGCCCUCGACCUGCGCAACUGCGUCACCCUCCUCCCGCGCCUCAUCGGCAGCAUCAUCGAAGCGAUGCAGUUCCUCGGCCCGCGCUCGUGCGCCCUCUCCAUCGUCGAGGGCGACUCCCCCGACGGCACCGGCGACGUCCUCGCCGCCCUCCGCCCCAGCCUCGAGGCCCUGGGCGUCACCUACUUCUUCAACUCGUCUACCGUGCGCUCCGCCGAGGGCAACCGCAUCGCCAAGCUCGCGGCGCUGCGCAACAUGCCGCUCGAGCCCAUUGCGCAGCACACGCUCGCCUUGGCCGACGACGCCAGCGUCAUCUUCCUCAACGACGUGGCCGCCUGCCCCGAGGACAUCCUCGAGCUCGUCCUGCAGAGGCAACGGCUCGGCGCGGACAUGACCUGCGCCAUGGACUGGACGUACGCGGGCGACGACCCGACCUUUUACGACGUCUGGAUCGCGCGCGGCAUCAACGGCGACUCCUUCUUCCACAUCCCCGCCAGCGGCAGCUGGGCCGAGGCGCACCGGCUCUUCUGGAACGCGCCCGCCGCGAGGGCGCGCCUCGAGCGCAUGCGGCCCUUUCAGGCGUUUGCCUGCUGGAACGGCGCGACCGUCUUCAGCGCGCGGCCCAUUGCCGAGGGCCUGCGCUUCCGAACCAACCACCACAAGGCGGGCGAGUGCUUCCAGGGCGAGCCGGUGCUGUUUUGCAAGGACAUGUGGUGGCGCGGCUACGGCAAGAUUGCCGUCGUGCCGAGUGUGAAUCUCGAGUACACGAACAAGAACGGCAAGAGGAUCAAGGAGCUCAAGGGCUUCGUGUCGGAUGUCGUGAGGGCGCAGCACGACGAUGACGACGAGAGCGAGGACCGGAUCGACUGGGCUGGGCCGCCGGAUACGGUGCUGUGUAUGCCGACGUGGAAGGAUCAGUUCUUUCAGCGGUGGAACAAGAGCUUGACGGAGGGCGAGAUGUGA